UCAAGGUAGUGCCGGAGGAGAAACGAGAAAUCCGACCUCCAACGUAAGAAUAUAUACGACUAUAGAAGCGUACGAGUCUCUUUCUAUACUCUGUUAACGUUACUCCUACCACUGAGAAUCCACGGUGGUGAAGCUUUACGUGUUGCAAGUACUGUGAGAUUUUGAUGGGGGGCUUCAAAAUGUCCUUGGGAUGAUGAUGACGAUGGCGAUGAUGAGUUUGGAUGCGUGGGCCUAGUUAUGGAAUGUUACAUUGUACUUAUACGUAUGUACACUAUACCAUUUUGUUCGUGCACGACACAGGUGACGCACAGCUGUUGGUAAUAUAAUGGAUUAUUUUUAGCUUAUAUUGCUCAUUUUUCUAUUAUACGUAGUUGAGAGAAUUGGGUUGUAUUUAUAUAAUAUACAAAAAUUAUUUUUCAGAUUUUACAUGAGAUCAAUGCAGGUUUUGAGGUUACCUGGUGAUUUCAAUGCCUGAUCGGUUGUCAUACAUAUUUGUUUCUAUACCUGUUCGCAAGUUCCUUCGUAUAUGCACACUUUACUGUGCUCCCUCUCUAAGAUUCACCUCUGUAGUAUUCAACUUCUCCUCAAUUUGAGGGGAAUGUAGUUCCCUUCUCUUGCCAACAGGCGCUAAUGCAAGUGUGGGGAAACACGCGGUCGUGUGCGCAUAUGCGCAUGCGUUUCUAUACUCUCGCGAAAAAAUGGGGUCCUAUCUUAGUCGGCAGUUCUCGGAACUUCGAGUAUCGAGUCGGGAAUCUCUGGAAGGAAGGAACUAUACUAGUCCAUUGAGUUACAUCAUAGUUAAAAAUAUUCAUAAGUACUUCUGAUGUAAAUCCAACUUUGUAAAAAGUGCAUGAGUCACAUAUUACAGAUGGGUAUAAUUUCUAAAAGAAUAUAAAUAUACAUAUAUAUAUAUAUAUAUAUGUUGGUAGGUAUAGUAUCUAUAUUAUUACGAUUCUUAGAGUCUUCUCCAUAAUUUCGAAAAUACGAACCAUUAAACAAAUACAAAUACAAAAAUGCAUCUAGGUGCCAUAGAUUCAUAUGACUUGAAAAGCAAAUAUUAUCGUCGAGAAGUUUCUAUAGCUGAGAUCAUCCACAUGCUUACUUUGUGGCGAGAAUCCCCUGCAAGAUCGGCAGAGUUUUUAUAGGCAAAAAAUGGAUCCUAAUGAUAACAGAAAACGCUAGUUCAAAGAUUAUAUCAGGAUCGUAAUGUCAGAUUGUUCGUCCAUAAACGAAAUCGUAUAUCCGAAGGACGUUGGUAUUAAAAAUAGGAGAUUUUCUAGCCUGAGAAUUCUUUGGUCGUAUUGCAGUACAUAUACAGUUAAGUAUAUCUAUAUUUAUAUUAAAUAUACGCUACAGUGCAAAAACAGGUUUUGCGUAAAGCCGGGCUGCCGACACGUUGAUGCCUAUAAUAGAAAUAUUCGCCGAAGUCGAAACAAAAGGGCAAAUGGAACGUAGAAUCUGUACAUGGAUUAAAGAGAGAGAAGAAGAGAAUGAAAGGAAGAAGGAAAAAAAGAAUUUGUCCCAGAGCCAUCCUGUUUAUGAUUACGUAAACGUAUUGGACACCUCCGCUCUUUCCGGUCAAUCCAUAAUAAUAAAACUUUCGUGACUCUUUUUACGUAACGAUAUGUGUGCUAUGCCGUUGGUGACAGCCUCUAACCAUUUUUGAAGUUUCUUUUUAGUGGACGAAAACUCUAUUCUAGGAUAUCAAGUAGUCGUAAUUCCGGUCUUAUCGUGUUGCGUGACCUUUUUGCUAUGCUCAUGAUUACAUAUCUUUUCUCACUCCGUUUUAUCUCGUACUUGCAUUUUAAUUAAUUUUCGCUGCUCGUAAUUAUUAUGUUGUAUUUCUUAAAUUUCCAUUAUAUUUUUCUGCCAAUCGGACAAUGUGGCUCGAGCACUUUGCAAAAUGAUGUUUUAAUCCUGCAGCAUUAAUUACAUUACAAAACGGGUUUAUCCCUCAACUAUAUUUUCCUUAUAUUCUAAGAACAUUAGCUUUACUGGGAAUUUACCGAUUGCGUAAACAAGUCCAACACCAACAGUAAAAACAAUGUUGAAUUAUUAUUUAACGAGAUACAACUAUAGUUGUACAAUUAUUUUAUUGCAAAGAUUAAAGUGGAUGAAUACAAGUACAUAUAUUAUACUUUAGCAGUCCACAUACGUCAUAUGAAUUCAUAUUUUUAUAAUACAACAUUUAAUUAUUAUAACAUCUCCUAUACAGUACGAAACAAUCAGAUACGUUGUAAAAAUAUAGGAGAAACGUAAAAGUAGAUUGAUAUGUUCCUAGGAAAUGUAUGAAUGUUUUGUGCUGUAUGGGUCCGCCAUCUGCGUCAUAAUUGCGUGACGGUUAUAUGGAAAUAAUGAUUGAUUGAAGUUUAUAAUACCAUCCACAAAAAUAUACCCUGUAUAACUAUAGCAGAUUAUUAACUGUCAGUGUCAUCAUGUAUGUACAACUACGUUUACACGGCGGCGUUAUUCCGGUUUAUUUAGUACUAAUCUAAAGGAAUUGAUCAAUCCCAAAUAUUCCUUAAAAGUAGCAAUGUCUGUGAUUUGUCAUUUUCGUUAGAUCAGUACUGACUAAAUCGGAAUACAGUGCCGUGCAAACGUAGUCUAUCACCUCAGAUGAAAUGGAUGCUUUACAAUGAACUGCUGCUUUCUGGAAAAUCGAGCGUUUGUGCUCGAUAUCAUCGUUUCGGCUAAGAAUUCCGUCAGAUGGCAGGGGAAUCGUCAUUCCCGCUAAACCAUAAACUAUGUAUUCACAAUCCACGCCGUUGGCGAUCGGUCGUCAGUCUAGUGAACAUGGCCGAAAACAAUGGCAAUAGUUUUUGAGCCAACUUUAUAUUCCCCUAGUACUUGUCAACAAAGAGAUUACUUUUGAUCAAAAACUAACCAAAACAUACAAUUAAUUCAUACGUCAUCUUAUAAGACUACUAUAUGCCUUCAUAAGGAUUCCAGAUCAAUGUGCAUAGUAUUAUGGCAACUGCUAUUCAGAAGAAUGGCAUGAAACCUUUAACGAACGGAUCCCUCAAUCACGUAGAGAAUGUUACCAACCUCGAUGGGGCCGACAUAUGCUCCGAUACGAAGGAUGUCCUCUUCGAGGAGCAGUCACAGCCACAAGUCGACGCCCCGGAUAUGGAGCCACCGGAAGUUGAUAUCAUGAUCAACAAUGUUGUAUGCAGCUUCAGCGUAAGAUGCCACUUGAAUUUGAGAGAAAUUGCUCUCAAUGGAUCGAACGUGGAAUACAGAAGAGAAAAUGGGAUGAUCACUAUGAAGUUAAGAAGACCGUAUACGACGGCUUCUAUAUGGUCAUCGGGUAAGAUAACGUGUACCGGUGCCACCAGUGAAGAUCAGGCGAAAAUAGCUGCACGUCGCUUCGCCCGUUCACUUCAAAAGCUGGGGUUCAAGGUGCGAUUCAAUAAUUUCCGAGUGGUAAAUGUUCUUGGAACCUGCACGUUGCCAUUCGGCAUUAAGAUCACAUCGUUUUCGGUGCGCUACAAGGAAAAUGCAGAUUAUGAACCGGAACUUCAUCCCGGCGUUACGUAUAGGCUAAAGGACCCAAAAGCGACGCUCAAAAUAUUCUCAACAGGAAGUGUAACAGUAACAGCUCCAAAUGUAGCUGCAGUGCAGGCGGCGAUUGAGCACAUAUUCCCACUAGUCUACGAAUUCCGCAAGGAACGGUCGGCGGAGGACGCUAUGUUGUUGCAGUCGAAGAAAAGAAAUUCAGGAACGGGUAAGCGAAAUCGGGAAGAGUUCCUACGUGAUCCGGUUGCUUUGAUAGACGAGGAAGGUGGCUUACCGUCGGAGGACGACGAUGUCGGGAGUGACGCCAGCUGGGACUGAUUUGUUUUUUCCUUUAUUUUCUCAUUACUCUAUCCAUCCUUUCCUGAGAUUCUAAUUUUGCUUUCCUAUUCCACUUUUCCUUAUUUUCUUUUUCACUCUCUAUCUUGGUCCUGGUCUCAGUCUCAGUCUCGUUGUCUAUCUGUCUGAUAUCGACCCUUGAAUCUCCGGUUGAUCGUGAAAGAAGUAAUGAAGGAAUCGAAAAUAGAGACAAGUGUGUUCUUUUCGUAUGCUUCUCAGUGAUGGAAGAACUCAUCUGACUGCUGCUGUGUGUAAACGACAAAAGCGAAAAAAGACGAUAUCUAUGAGGAAAAACGAAAAACAGGAACACAGUGUUUCGCGAUCAGAGUGACAAGUGUUAACGCGCAAUUAAUAUUUUUUGGCAAAAAAAUAUAUACAGAAAUAUAAUAUGAAUUCUCAAGACACUAAUCACAUACGCGACGCGUAAAUCUGUGAGAAAGGAAAAAAAGUAAGAAUCGCGAGUGCUGCUGUGGAGAUUUAUUAAACGGCAAGAAACGAACGGAACAUAAUUGUUAAUCGAUUAAAAAAUUCGAAAAGGACUCAUAUCGAUAUCGAUCGAAACUGUUUCGUAUCAUCGACGAAUUAUUGUCUUCAUAAUAACUUCAUUUUAGCAAUCUCUCUCUCUCUCUCUCUCUCCCUCUCUCUCUCUCUCUCUCUCUCUCUCUC